AUGCGGCGUAAAGAUCCGUCUUCAAGCAGUUGCCAGCAGGCACAGAGUGCAGGUCGAGGGAAGAGCUUAAUUUCGACAAGGACAAUGCAGCAGCAGCAGCGCAAAACGCAGAGUACAAGGAGCUUGCUGCCACGAAGCUACUCGUCCCCAGCGCCACAAAACGAUCCAGAUGCCACCCCUCAAACCACCCAAAGAGGUUACAUCAUAAGAAGUUACUCCACACCAGAUCCAAAGCAGAUGGACUACAGGAGAAAUUCGGACUCCUUUUACAGGCCUAAAAUGCACGGUUCCAGAAGUGAACUAGACUCUGAUCUGGAGAACUUUGAGCAAUUUGAGGAAUGCUUUAUAGAUAUAGAUGCUGAUCAGGAUGAAGGUUUGAUUACUCAGUAUAAGAGUCCUGAGAGAGAGGAACCUAGGAAAGUUGUGACGUCCAUUCUGCCGGGUAGUGGGCUGCAGCGUGUGUCUAUAAGGCCUAUCCACUCUACUGCAACACAGACGCUCCACAGCGCACGAGAGGUUAUGAAGAAGUUGCAAAAAGAUGACGGAAAAGGUCCUUCACGUCUAAACUUCAGACCUCUGGUAGUGAAAAUGCCAGCUCGUCACAUGCUUCAAACUAACCCUGAUCCUCCGUCUCCUGGUGUAGAGGAACUGCAGUCUUCUCCUCAGCUCGAGAUCGAAUCCGCUGAGCUGGACAGAGAAUUGGAUAAUGCUGAACAGCAUUUGGAGAAAGGAGUGGCUAUGGCUACUGAAGAGAGUGAUGCGGAUACGACUGAUAGUGCACUUGCAACUUCUUUGGUGUCCACAGGAGGUGAUGAUUGCUUGCAAUCAGGUUAUCCACCUGUUCUUUUUGCUGGCCUAUCCCAUAAAAAACCUGGGAUAUGCAUUUUAUAA